AUGGAUGAUUUAAAAAACGAUAUAGAUGCAUUAAGUUCUCACAGUAAUACUGAAGCACAAUUUUUAGAACAAGUCAAAGAAUGUCAACAUCACCUUAAAUGCAUGGAAAAAUUAUUUUACGACUUACAAAAUACAGAUUAUAAACAAGAAGUAGUUAAAUCACACACUUCUUUAAACAGCAUAUUGAGUAAAAGUUUUCCAGACUUACGGACAUUGGUGAAUGAAUAUGGAAGUCAUUCACUAAGGGAAAAUCAAAGUAUAAAAUCUGUAAAGGAAACCAUGAAUAUUUUCAAAAAUCUCGAAAAUCAUAGUAACGAUUCCGCUCCAUUAACAUUUGUUAUUCAAGUGCCUAAUACUUUCUUGGAUACAGUUAAAAAAGAAAUCUCUAAUGGCUUUUUGGAAAACAUAUCUCAAAAUCCAACUAAAAAUACAUGUGGACCUCAAAAAAAUAAAGGAUUAUCAUGGUUUUUGCAAAAACUACGAAGAAAAAAAAAACGAGCCUCUACUGUUACAAAUAUGAAGAUUUCCAACGAUGUCAUACAGUUUCUGAAAUCGAGAAGCGAUGAAAACUUUGUAAGUAGUUUGUUGAAUUCGUACAAAAGCAAUGUAAAUAGUAAUGCAGAUGAUGAACUUACAAAUAAUUACGAGAAAAAGUCUUCUGUCAGUGAAAAUUACAAAAAUAUUGAAAUCGAGCACAAGUUGAUUGAUUCAAAACAAAGUCAGAGUUUAAUAUUUCCCAUAACGUACAAUCUUGACGGAAAAGCACCUGUCCCUUUAUUGCCAAGUAUACAUAUUGAACAUCAGAUAAAACCACAGAUAAGCUCAAAUACAUUUUCACACUCUAUAAAAAUCAAAAACGAAUUACCAGUAGAGCAUUCAAGCAAGUUUUCUGACAAUACUGUAUUAACAGAAGAAGCUAAUGCAAAAAAUGAAAGUGAAAUCCUAGAACAAAAAUAUAUAGAAUCAGAGUCUAUGGAAAUACUUAUUAACAGGCUAACUCAAGCUUUACUCAGAGCUACAGAAAAAUUGGGCGAUUUAGAAUCUAUGAAGGCUUUAGUAGAAAAAUUAAACACUAAACGGCCAAUAGUCACUACAUCUGAUGGAAAUACCCAGAAUCUUAAAAUGAAGAAAAAUAAAGGAUCAAAAUCAAGCAAUUAUUCAGUGAAUGCUAAAGGGAUCAAAAAAGAAUCUAUUGAAAAACCGGAGAAAGAUAAGCCAAUGCUGCUAGAAAGACAGUUAUCCAAACUUAGCGUUUGUUCAAAUUCAAGUAGUGCAACAAGCAAUGAGGACAUUUAUAAAAGUUCAAUGAUCAAUUUCAUGGCUGCCAGAUGUCAAUCGCCUUCUAGGGUCAAUUAUCUUGUUUGCCAAAGUGAAAAGGAUAUUUACUAA